AUGUGCUACAUCUUCACCUCACCCUCCUCUCUCUGCUUCACAGUCAAGUUCCUGGAGGUGAUAAAGCCAUUUUGUGCAGUUUUACCUGAAGUUCAGAAACCAGCAAGAAAGGUGCACUUUAGAGAGAGGCUGCUGUGGACAGCCAUCGCUCUGGUCGUCUUCCUCGUCUGUUCUCAGAUCCCGUUGUUUGGGAUUGGCUCCUCAAAAUCAGGUGACCCAUUUGAAAAGAUGAGAGUUCUUCUUGCCUCCAACAGGGAAACUCUAAUGGAGCUGGGAAUUUCUCCUAUCGUCACAUCUGGCCUCAUCAUGCAGUUCUUGACCGGAGCAAAAAUCAUUGAAGUAGGAGAUUCAACCAAAGACCGCUCUCUCUUCAACGGAGCCCAGAAAUUAUUUGGGAUGAUCAUGACUACUGUCCAGGCUGUCCUAUAUGUGCUAAUAGGCAUGUAUGGAGAGCCUUCAGAACUCGGAGCAGGAAUCUGCCUGCUUAUUAUUCUACAGUUGGUUGUUGCAGGUUUGAUUGUGUUACUGUGGGAUGAGGUGCUACAGAAAGGUUAUGGACUGGGUUCUGGAAUCUCCCUCUUCAUCGCCACUAACAUCUGUGAGACCAUCGUAUGGAAUGCACUCAGUCCAUUAAAGUACAACACGAUCAGAGGUCCUGAGUUUGAAGGUUCUAUCAUUGCUACGUUCCACCUGUUGACAACACGUACAGAUAAAAUCCGUGCCCUGAGAGAGGCCUUCUACAGACGGAACCUCCCAAACCUCAGCAACCUCAUGGCCACUGUCCUCAUCUUCACCGUCAUCAUAUAUUUCCAAGGCUUCAAGGUCGAUCUGCCCAUUAAAUCAGGUCGUCAUCGCGAGCAGGCCAGACCGUAUCCCAUCAAGCUCUUCUACACCUCCAACAUGCCCAUUAUCUUCCAGUCUGCACUGGUUUCCAACCUCUAUGCAAUCUCACAAAUGCUCUCAACUCGCUACAGUGACAACAUCCUGGUCAGCCUGCUGGGAACCUGGUCUGACACAUCAUCUGGUGAACCUGUCUCUCCACAUCCGGUCGGUGGUCUGUGUUAUUAUCUGUCUCCUCUGGACUCUUUUCACUCGAUUCUGGAGGAACCGGUUCACGCGUUCAUCUACAUCGUCUUCACCCUGCUCUCCUGUGGGUUCUUCUCCAGAAUGUGGAUCAAGUUCUCUGGAGAAAACGCUGAGGAGGUUGCCAAGAAGCUAAAAGACCAGAAUAUGAUGAGGCCUGGACACAGACACAACUCUUUGGAGAAAACACUCAACAAGUAUAUCCUCCAAGUGGCUGUGCUUGGUGGCAUAUGCAUUGGGGCACUGUCCAUCAUGGCUGAUCUUUUUGGAGCCAUCGGUUCGGGCACUGGAGUCCUACUGGCCGUCACCACCAUCUACCAGUACUAUGAGAUCUUUGUCGAAGAACAGAAGGAAGCCGGCAGCACAAGAGCACUGUUAUUCUAA